AUGGAAGAAUGUGCUGAAGAAAUGUAUGGAAAUUUUAGAAAAUUAUUCCAAAUUAUUUUUAAUUAUUUAAGAAUGACUGAACGCAAUGUUUGCGGUGUUCUGUGUACUGACAUUAACGGGGCGUUGUUUGUUGCUAAAGGGACUUUGGCAUCGCCUGACUGUGCUGGUGUAAUUUCUCAACUGGCUAAUAGAGCUGCUUCUCAAGAACCGAGUUUACGGUCACUGGCUGUUUUAUUGUCUGUUCCUUCAAAUUCACCUACGGCAUCUUCCGCUUCUCUGACAAAAAAUAAAUCUGUCGCCAAUCAAGAAUCAAAAUUGCUUAUCAGAUCAAAUGGGGUGAUUACAAUUGCAAUUCAUUUGUCUAAAUAA